UCAGUGCUGGAGCAGCAUCUGCUCCGCGUCAGAGCCGGCGGGCAGCCAGGCCAGCACGGAGGUCCGGCUCUCUCCCCGCGUCCCGUCUGCCGCGGUGCAGGGCCUGGGGCCUCAUUGGCCGGCCGGGGGGCCGUCUGUGGCAUAAAUUGGAGCCCUGGGCUCUUGCUGGGACUUCAGCUGCCCACAGCCCAGCACCAGCCCUUCCGCCUCCUGCUGGGUGAUGGGAGCCCCGCAUCCGGUGUUCCCCCGGGGGGCCGCCCUCUGGGCCUUCCUCCUGGCCUCGCUGGGCGGCGCGGCCGGCCAGCCGCUGGGGCCAGAGCCCAUGUGCACGGCCCAGCCCCUGGCCAGGUACAGCGUCACCUUCACGGGCAAGUGGAGCCAGGCGUCCUUCCCCAAGCAGUACCCGCUGUUCCGCCCGCCCGCACAGUGGUCGUCCCUGCUGGGGGCAGCGCACAGCUCGGACUACAGCCUGUGGCGGAAGGACCAGUACGUGAGCAACGGGCUGCGCGAGUUCGCGGAGAGGGGUGAGGCCUGGGCGCUGAUGCGGGAGAUGGAGGCAGCAGGGGAGCGGCUGCAAAGCGUGCACGGCGUAUUUUCCGCCCCCGCCGUGCCCAGUGGCACCGGGCAGACGUCCGCGGAGCUCGAGGCCCACUCCAGGCACUCGCUGGUGUCCUUCGUGGUCCGCAUCGUGCCCAGCCCCGACUGGUUCGUGGGCGUCGACAGCCUGGACCUGUGUGACAGAGGCAGCUGGCGGGAGCAGGUGGCCAUGGACCUGUACCCCUACGAUGCCGGGACCGACAGCGGCUUCACUUUCUCGUCUCCCAAUUUUGCCACCGUCCCACAGGACACGGUGACAGAGAUCACAGCCUCCUCUCCCAGCCACCCUGCCAACUCCUUCUACUACCCGAGGCUGAAGGCCCUGCCCCCCAUCGCCAGAGUGGUGCUGGUGCGGCUCCGGCAGAGCCCCAGGGCCUUCAGCCCGCCCGCCCUGGGCCUGGGGGUCGGGGGCAACGAGAUCGUGGACAGCCUUCCAGACCCAGAGACGCCGCUGGACUGCGAGGUCUCGCUGUGGUCGUCCUGGGGGCUGUGCGCCGGGCCCUGCGGGCGGCCGGGGGCCAAGAGCAGGACGCGCUACGUGCGCGUGCGGCCGGCCAACCACGGGGCGCCCUGCCCGGCCCUGGAGGAGGAGGCGCCCUGCGACCCCGACAACUGCGUCUGACACCGGCGCCCGCGCCCCCGCGCCCCCGCGCCCCCGCGCAGGGACUGGCCCCGGCCCGGCUGCGAAAUACCUCAGACCCGGGGACCCGGGCCACCGGCCUUAUCAGGGUCCCGUCCCAGCUCCAGAAUAAAGACCGGCGG